CUCGCUAACUAAACUUUCAUGGUAGGUCGUUUCUUCAAAAACGCUACUAUACAGUGCAUCUUAUAAUUUCUCUUUUAUUAUUAUCACAAUUUGUACGGUUAACAAUACUUCUGUUCAUAUUUUAAGCUACUCUCAAUUUAGCCUGCCUAAUAAGGGCUUUCGAAAAGUUUCAGAUAAACAAUCGGGAGAGGAAACAGCCGAGGGCAGCUGUGAUUAUGUAAAGUUAUUCAGUCGAAUUUUGCGUAGUCACUUCAAGAGGGGGGUACCCCGCCAUCGGACUGCGCAGAGGUGCACCAUCUCUCCUGUUCGUCUGAAGGAGCGUUUCUGCUGCGGGUGGUGGUAUUCAGCUCACUUCGCUCUCGGCAGAUGCGGAGUUCACUCUCCACCGCAAACAUGGAGCCGGACAAGACGUCCGGAGGCGCGGGAACGGCGCGAAUUCAGCUUCGCGCGCUGAGAAAACGCGCAGUCUGAGCAAACGCUGUCGGUUCGAAGCCUGUGAAAAUGUGGAUUUUAACGCCGUGGGUGUUUUUCCAAGUUUUGCUUGGCACUUCAGUCGAAGCACAGCGUGUGGACCCUGAAGUGGGCUUAACGGCUCAGGAACAAGUUCUCCUGCUGUACGACAUCAAGCUGCAGUGCCUUCAGAACAUCUCUGAACACAGUCCUGCUGAUGAGGUUUGUUCUCCUGGAUGGGACGGGUUGGUUUGCUGGCCUCAAGGUUCUCCAGGAACCGUCACCAAAGUGCCGUGUCCCAGCUACGUGUACGACUUCAACCACAACGGAUUUGCAUACCGCCAGUGUGACUUGAAUGGGUCGUGGGUAUCGGUGGAGAACCGAACCUGGGUCAAUUAUUCAGACUGUCUGCGGUUCUUGGCACCAGGCAUUGAAAAGGGCAAAAGGGACUUUUUUGAGCGGCUGCACAUCAUGUACACAGUCGGCUACGCGGUGUCCUUCAGCUCGCUGCUUGUCGCCAUUUUCAUCAUUGGAUACUUUCGGCGACUCCACUGCACCAGAAACUACAUCCACAUGCACCUCUUCGUGUCUUUCAUGCUGCGCGCGGUCAGCAUCUUCGUAAAAGACAGAGUGGUGUACGCUAAUGGUGUGCUACAGGAGUACGACACCAUGCUAAUGGACAACAUCAGCACCGUCUCCAUUUCCCCUCUUGACAAGACUCAGUAUGUCGGCUGCAAGAUCACAGUCCUGUUCUUCAUUUAUUUCCUGGCAACCAACUACUACUGGAUCCUAGUGGAGGGCCUGUACCUUCACAGUCUCAUUUUCAUGGCGUUCUUCUCAGACUCCAAAUACCUUUGGGGUUUCACCCUCAUAGGGUGGGGUGUUCCUGCUCUCUUCGUAUCAACCUGGGCUGUCGUCAGGGCAACGCUGGCGGAUGUAAGGUGUUGGGAGUUGAGUGCUGGCAAUAUUAAAUGGAUUUACCAAGUUCCUAUACUGACAGCAAUUGGGCUGAAUUUUAUUCUGUUUGUAAAUAUCGUACGAGUUCUGGCCACAAAGAUCCGAGAAACAAACGCGGGGCGAUACGACACACGCAAACAGUACAGGAAGCUGGCUAAGUCCACUUUGGUUCUGGUUCUGGUUUUCGGCGUGCACUACAUCGUGUUUGUGGGAAUGCCGCACACUUUCACCGGCCUGGGCUGGGAGCUGCGCAUGUACUGUGAACUGUUCUUCAACUCGUUCCAGGAAUUUUUUGUGUCCAUUAUUUACUGCUUCUGCAACGGAGAGGUCCAGACAGAAAUCCGUAAAACCUGGCUCCGCUGGACGCUUGCGUUUGACUGGAAAGGUCCCGUGGCUUUGGCCAACUACCGCUACGGGACGGUCCUGAACAGCAGCGGCGCCAGCGUCCAAUCGCAGCUGACCUCAGUGACCCGAAGUUCUGCCCUCCUCACCAGCAGGGUGUACCGCAGCGCCCCUCGUCCCGGCGUCGGCUCACUCGCGCACGGCUCGCAAACACACACCAGCCUCCCUGGAUACGUCUUCAGCAACUCAGACAUCGAAAGCCUACCGCCUUCCAUUCCAGAAGAAAUCGAAGAGGAGGCCAAACACAUCGACGAUAUCACGCUCAAAGGCGUCAACCACAUCGCCGUUCGACAGGAAGCCCUCAGCAUCUGUUUCGAAGAGAGCGGCCAGAGCUCAUCCCACGCGGAUUCUUACGAGGUCAGACGUUGUCCCGAUGCCGUCACCGCUACGGAAAUCUCCAAAUGCGCUGAUAAAAUAUCUUUAUCGGUGAGGUACAACAGUUUGGAUCAAGAGGACGAGGAAGUACUUUAAAAUGCAGACGAAUUGCCUUUAGCAACCAGAUUUACUUCUGUACAGCAAAAGGAUUAUAACAAAAAAAGAUUUUACUCUUAGGGAGCUGAUUUGAUUGUAGAAAUUGGGCGUUAUAUAUCGGAAUGGAACGUGAUUCGCUAAAAUAGUGCCUAAAUAUCUAUUUAUCUAUUUAUUAGCGUUAUUAAAUAACGCCAUGAAGGUGAGAGCAGCUUUAAAGGAAGCCGUCUCAGAAGCAGCAUUAGAUUUAAUUGAAUAAUACUAAGGCAAAAAAAAUUCAGUUUUUCUUUGGAACCAUAUGCAUCGAUUCACAAUAAGAUGUGAACCGUGUCUUAAAGGAAUAUUUCAACCAAAAAUGUAUACUUGCUGAAAAUGUACUACAUCUAAGAUGUAGAUGGGUUUGUUUCUUCAUUCUGAUUUGGAGAAAUGUAGCAUUACAUCACUCAUCAGUGUAUCCUUUGCAGUGAAUGGGUGCCGUCAGAAGUUCAAAACAUCACAGUAGUGUAAUCCACACCACUCCGGUCUAUCAAUUGAUGUCUUGAGAAACAAAAAGCUGCAUGUUUGUAAAAAUAAGUCCUCUACCCAUAACAUAGAUUUUUGUAAAAGAUACUUGUAAAAGUAUCGCGAAUAGUCGAAUAAAGAUGCGAUACCUGUCGUACAAUGCAUGAAACAAUUAUUUGUUUGGGAUCAGUUGGUUUCAGUCACUCUAAGCCUUGCGAGAAAGAUUUGUGUUGACAUUUACACUCUUUUUUGCUGGACAUUUGCCAUCGCACUCCCUUACAAGACUGUAAAGUAUGUGUAAAUAUGUCUUUCACCAAGUGGGUUUAUUUUUGCAACCAAAUGAUGUUGUUCAGUGAAAUCAAACAGUGGGACUCAUUCAUGAAACAUAAGCUAAUGCUUCUUAAAAACCUAAAUUCUUAUGUAAUGUUACAUUUACAUUAUGCAAAUGAAAAUUAGUUCGGUUCGUGUUUUUCGUCUGUAAAAUUGUUUGUAAAACCGUCGAAGCUGUAAACGUUUGUGCAGUAGAUUUUCACCAAUAAAUUCACACAAAAUAUUGAGUUUCAUGAACGUGACCCAGUGUUCAGAGAUACGCUUUGCGGUUUAGGUAUUUGGUUACGCCCUUAGUAAAAUAAAUAAAUCUUUUGGGCAUUGCUUGGCAUGAAUGUUUUGAUUGUACAAAUUUUACAUCAAGCUAUUUUUUUACUGUCGCCAUGAGUAAAUGUUUUUCUUAAAUAGUUUUAAAUGUAUUGUGCAUUGAUGUUUCAUUAAACAGUGUAAUAAAUAAUAAAUAAAUAAUAAAUUCAUUUUUA